AUACUUUCACGAUCAUCAAAUCUCAAUCUCUUCAAGUGAGGAUCCUUUUUUUUUUGGAAACUUUCUCACGAAGAUUUCUCUCGUGAUUUCUCGGAUUCGCGAUCAAGGAACAACAAUUCUCUUUGCAAGCAUUUGAUCGACAUGUCAAGUGGACCAGUGGGAAGGGUAUUACGUCAAGAUAUACAGUUGGUUCAAAACCUUAUAGAACGAUGCCUCCAACUGUACAUGAACCAGACAGAAGUUGUGGGCGCUCUACUGGAGCAGGCUAAGAUAGAACCUGGUUUUACAGAGCUAGUUUGGCAGAAGCUUGAAGAAGAGAAUCGGGAAUUUUUCAAGGCUUAUUAUCUUAGGCUCAUGGUGAAGCACCAGAUAAUGGAAUUUAACAAGUUUCUUGAGGAACAAGUGGAACUCAUGCGUCAGCUUCAUCCAACUGGAGUUGCUUCUGUCCAAACUACAAAUGGUUCUCAUAUUCAAUCAGUGAAUCAGAAGCAAGUAUGCUAUGCUCCAGAUCACGCUGAUCAAUCCUUGAAGUCAGAAAAUGCACAACAUCCAAGGGCAUCCUGUCUAUCCAACACAUUUCUCAACGAAGGAGGCUCAUCGAUGAAUACAAAUGUGCCACCUUCACCUUCUGUGGAAAUGUCAAACCAUGCUAGGAGAAGUGAUGCUCCUCCAAACAUGCUCUCCUCGCAUGUAAUGAACAUGCCACUUAUGCAAGGAAUGAAUGGAGGAAUGAUCAAACCCGAGGCUGGUUUUUCGACAUGUGGUCAGUACAUGUAUGGUGGCGAUCGGAAUACUACCCUUGAAGCACAUUCCAGAGUGGGAGAUGCUUCCGUUGCACCUUUCAGCAACGAACCCAACACCCAAACCCUAAAUGAUCCUCUUCUUGAUUCAGACACUUCUACUUUCGGGUUUUUAGGCCAAAUUCCUCGGAACUUCAGCCUCUCUGAUCUGACAGCCGACUUUCCCCAGAGUUCAGACAUUCUGGAGAGCUAUGAUAGGUCAACCUUCCUUCCGGGAGAAUGCCAAGGGGACAACAAGAGAUUGGAGACAAUAUCUGAAGGCUUCAGUUACGAAAACCUCGGAAGUGACUGAGUUAAGGCAACAGGUAAGAGAUGCAUAUUGGCUCCAUUGUCAUGGAGCUUGGUCGUGUUUUUUUUUUAAAUAUUUUUUCUUUGUAGAAAGUCGUCGUCAUCAUCAUCAUCAUCAUCAUCUUCAACCUUCACACCGUGACUGUUGUUGCAGGUAUUUUUUUUCCUCGACUUAGGAAUGGCUUGUGUACAGAGAGGUUCUUAGAAUCAACAAGCAUAGCUUUUGGAAUCUUUCAGUUUUUUUUUGUUCAUUUCUUUUGUUAAAUAUAAUAUAAACUUAAUACCCUAUGCAAGGAGAUUCUGUGUUUUAUUCUUGCUCUAUUAGACUUGUUCUGGAUCCUUAGAUUUCAACGUUAUUUACUGUUUGGUAAGUUAUUGUAAAUUAAAAUUUCAUUUCUGA